AUGAUGCUUACAACAUCUUUCUUUUCGCAUCAAGUGCCGCAUCACUCUCCAUACACGCCACCGCGAUCAUCCCCGUUAUCUGAGCGCUCUGGAAAUGUACAGCCCCGAAUCUUCGACUUUACCAUGUCAUCGCCCAUCAAGGAACAAACUGCGGCGCCGCACCGCACUUUCAAGCCCAAUCCCGUGAUGCAAACACGCGAUGCGGCGACAAAGAGACGGAGGGACAUGUUCUUCAAGCGGGUGCAGAAUAACCGCGACGACAAGAAAUGGGAAUCGCGUGGCGAGCAGAUACAACAGCUAGACUUUGUGUCAGAACGCAAACGAUGGGAGGCGGAGAAGGCGCGUCAAGCACCACCCGAGAACGAUGACAUCAUUGAAGAACCCAUUGAAGACACGCCAUUGCCUACACUGUUCAACAAUGCGCCGCACUCCAACCCCGACGUGACCGAGGCUGACUACCUCGCCGCUCAAGAAGAGUAUGAGCUUCAACAGUUGAUCGCGUCUAUAGAGCAGGAAUCGGAAACGCCGUCGCAGCAUUACGGCAGCGACGAUGAAGACUACGAUUCGAUAUUCAUGGCGUGUGCAAUGACCGAGGAUGUCCAAUUACAGCACCAAUCGUAUGUUUCGCAAGCGCCAUGUCCGCACGAGGAUCAGAUGGAUACGGACAUGAUGGAUUGUUGA